AUAAAACACACUCAAUAUCUCAUUGAUCUCUCCUUGUAUACAUACUCUUAUUCUUGUUUGCACAACAAUUCACCACAUAAUUUCAGUUGUACCUGCUUUCUCUACUAGUUCAUUUGCCUUCUUAAUUUGAUAAAAAAAAAUGGCUCCAGUGGUUUCUGAUAUUAGUAAGGAGACUGAUCACUGCAAGAAGCAGUCAAUCACUUUGGAAAAAUCAUUUUUCUUGGCUAAUGGCCAUUUAGUUCUCUCUGAUGUCCCUGUUAAUAUAAGUACUUCCCCGGCCUCUACCGGUUGCUUUGUUGGCUUUGAUGCUAAUGAAGCCAAGAGCAGGCAUGUAAUGCCGGUUGGCAAGCUUCAAAACAUCAAGUUUAUGAGUAUUUUCAGGUUCAAGGUCUGGUGGACAACUCACUGGACAGGAACAAAUGGUGGAGACCUUGAACAUGAAACUCAGAUACUUGUUCUGGAUAAGUCUGAUUCUGGUCGCCCUUAUGUUUUGCUUCUUCCGCUGCUGGAGGGGCCUUUUCGUGCAUCCCUCCAACCUGGAAAAGAUGAUCAUAUAGAUGUUUGUGUUGAAAGUGGCUCUACAAAAGUCCUGGAGUCAUGUUUCCAAACUGUUGUGUACAUGCAGUCCGGAGAUGAUCCGUUUGAGCUGAUCAAAGAGGGAAUUAAGGUUGCUAGGUCACAUCUAGGAACCUUUAAGCUUCUAGAAGAGAAAAGUCCUCCAGGUAUUGUGGACAAAUUUGGCUGGUGUACUUGGGAUGCGUUUUAUCUGAACGUGCAUCCUCAGGGGGUCAUGGAAGGAGUGCAAGGGCUCGUUGAUGGGGGGUGCCCACCUGGCCUUGUCCUAAUUGAUGACGGGUGGCAGUCCAUCUCCCACGACGAGGAUCCAAUCGCAUCAGAAGGUACUAAUAGAACUGCAGCUGGGGAGCAAAUGCCUUGUAGGCUUACAAAGUUUGAAGAGAAUUACAAGUUUAGGGACUAUGAGAGUCCUGAGCAGCUUAGUGGCCGUAACAAGGGUAUGGGGGCUUUUGUUAGGGACCUGAAAGAGAAUUUUAAGUCUGUGGAUUAUGUCUAUGUGUGGCAUGCACUUUGUGGAUAUUGGGGCGGGGUUAGGCCUAAUGUUUCAGGCCUGCCUGAAUCCAAAGUUGUGCCUCCAAAGUUGUCCCCGGGGCUGGCGAUGACAAUGGAAGAUCUAGCAGUUGAUAAGAUAGUAAAUAAUGGUGUUGGCUUGGUUCCGCCAGAGCAAGUCGAACAGAUGUAUGAAGGUUUACACUCACACUUGGCAUCUGUUGGGAUUGACGGAGUGAAAGUUGAUGUUAUCCAUUUGUUGGAAAUGCUCUGUGAAGAAUAUGGUGGCAGAGUGGAGCUUGCAAAAGCAUACUACAAAGCAUUGACAUCAUCCGUGAUGAAACACUUCAAGGGAAAUGGUGUGAUUGCUAGCAUGGAACACUGCAAUGACUUCAUGUUCCUAGGCACCCAGGCAAUCGCCCUGGGCCGUGUUGGCGAUGAUUUUUGGUGCACUGAUCCAUCUGGAGAUCCCAACGGCACAUUUUGGCUACAAGGCUGUCACAUGGUGCACUGUGCUUAUAAUAGCUUGUGGAUGGGCAAUUUCAUCCAACCUGACUGGGAUAUGUUUCAGUCUACACAUCCCUGUGCCGAGUUUCAUGCUGCCUCUCGUGCCAUUUCUGGUGGCCCAAUUUAUGUCAGCGAUUCUGUUGGACAGCACAACUUUCAGCUUCUCAAAUCUCUGGUUUUGCCUGAUGGUUCAAUCCUGCGCUGCAAUUAUUACGCCCUUCCUAGUCGAGAUUGUCUCUUUGAAAAUCCACUCCACGAUGGAAAGACCAUGCUUAAGAUCUGGAAUUUGAACAAGUAUACUGGAGUUCUCGGAGCAUUUAAUUGCCAAGGGGGAGGAUGGAAUAGAGAAGUCAGGCGCAACACAAGUGCCUCGAAAUAUUCUCAUGCUGUGACUGCUUUGAUAAGCACCAAUGAUAUUGAGUGGAAGAAUGGAAAGACCUCAAUAAGUAUUGAACAAGUUGAUGUAUUUGCAAUGUACAUGUUCCGCGAGAGGAAACUGGUGCUCCUAAGAUCAACCGAAAGCCUAGAGAUCUCACUUGAGCCGUUUAAUUUUGAGCUCAUAACUGUCUCUCCUGUUAUAACAUUGGCCAGCAAACGCGUUAACUUUGCUCCUAUUGGACUAGUGAACAUGCUCAACUCAGGUGGCGCGAUCCGGUCAUUAGUGUAUGAUGAUGAUGCUAAUUCUGUACAGAUUGGAGUGAAGGGAACAGGGGAAAUGAGGGCGUUUGCUUCGGUGGAACCAAGAGCUUGUUUGAUUAAUGAAGAACAAGUUGCAUUUGUGUACCAAGAGAAUAUGGUCAUGAUCCAGGUGCCAUGGCUUAAUGAUUCUGGGAUUUCUGUUAUUAAAUAUAUGUUUUAAUGUUUUAAUCCGAGUUCAGGCUUCUAUUUGUAACUUGACAAGAGUUCAAUCUUCAGCAACCUAUGCAGGCCUGCAGCUAUGCUUGUGUACUUGUUUGCAUUAUAUUAAUGAUUUAUUUUCUUGUAUAAAUUGUUUUUCCAAAAGAAUUUAUCCACGUCUACAGCAGCUUAAAUGUAUUUCUGUAUAUUUUCAUCAGGGUCAAAUAUGAACUCCAUAUGAAUGUCAAGAUGGAUAA